AUGGAAUUGUUAGGAUUUGAUUAUUGUCCAUUCGAGAGCUUUGUAUCACCAAAACGAAAGCGUUUUCUAACUAAGUCCAUCCAUUUACAAAGCAAUGUCAAUCUUGAGAAUAUAGCCAAAAUAAGAGGAUCUGAAGAACUAACUAAAGAAUGCUGGAAACUGUUCAAGGAUUUGAAGCCUUCCCCUGAAGAAAACUUUCGUCGUGAACAAUUCAUCAUCAAACUAAAAACAAUUUUGAAAAACUCUAUACAAGAUAAAAAUUUAGAUCUUUUUGUGUUCGGCUCCACCGAAAGCCGUUUAGCCAUUCAUCAGUCUGAUAUAGACGUGUGUAUUGUAACAAGAGGGAACGGAAAACUGCGAUCUACCUGUCAGCUGGCUUAUAUCUUACACUCCUGUAUGCAAGAACUGAGAAAUGGAAUGAAGAGAAUCACAUGUGUACCAAGAGCGAGAGUUCCCAUUGUGAAAAUGUGGGAUCCACAGCUAAAUAUUAGCGGUGAUAUCAACAUAAAUAAUGAUGUUGCAAAACUAAACACGGAGAUGCUGCAUCUUUUCGUAAAGAUUGACCCACGUGUACGAGCACUCGGACUAAUUAUUAAAUACUGGGCAAAGCAACGAAGCCUUAAUGAUGCCGUCGGGUGUGGGACAAUCACUUCUUAUACGCUUUCUUGUAUGAUUGUUAAUUUUUUGCAAACUCGGAAACCUUGCUUACUUCCUUCCAUGAUGGAACUAAAUGACAGACGAACAAACAAUAUUCAUUUUUUAACAGAUCUCGGAAAUUUUCAGAAAAACUCUUUUCAAAACAAAUCCUCCUUGGGAGAACUCUUGCUAGAUUUUUUCCGAUAUUAUGGAUUCGUUUAUGAUUAUAAAGAGAGCGUCGUCUCCGUUCGGAGUGGAACCCUUUUAGAUAAACGCUCCAAAGGAUGGAAUAUGGACAUGAACAAUUCUUUAUGCGUCGAAGAACCAUUCAACACAUCGCGCAACCUCGCUAACACGGCGGACGACACAAGCGUAAAAGGAUUACAAAGUGAAUUUCAACGAGCCUUUCGUUUGCUCAGUGAAUACCCAGCCCUCCAGGCUCUCUCAAUACUAAAUGAGGCAUUUCAAUUUCCUUCUGAAAUCCAUGUUUCCGAUAGUUUGUACCCCAGUCCAGAUACGCCUUUAUUCAUUGAUAGCGAUGUAAACCCUUGGCAGGCAGAAGCUGAAAGCUUUCCAGGUCCUUACUACCCACCUCAGACAAUGCCAAUUAAUGACCGUAAUUCUAACUUUGUUUACUAUAUUCCGGAUGAAGUAACUUCACAAGAGUCAAGAAGCAGGCAACCAAGCUACCAGUACUCGCAAACAGGAGACUUAUAUUACGGAAAAAAACCACCGUGGCAUUAUAUGCCAUGCAAAUCGUGGUUAGUUUGGUAUCCUGUUCAGGAUGACUUUCGGCCUGUAAACAUGUUUCAAUAAGGGUCCAAGUUGAAAGGAUAAGAAG